UUUACGAAAAGUAUCGAUACUCGAAGUGUAUAUUUAACAUUGUAGGUCAGGCUCGUAGCCCCUGCAAGCCAGAAUUUUUAUAUUAUUUUUGCUCAGCUUAUGAGUCAGCCGAAAGAUAUUACUAUUGAACUCUACAGGAUUGUCAAAGAAAAAAUAGUUUAAAAAAAAACCCAGUGAAGAUGUCUGAUAAGCCACCACCACCUGAAGUUUACCCUGGCUCACCACCUUAUCCAUCAGCACCUCAAGCUGGUUAUCCACCACAUCCAGGUUAUCCACCCCAACCUGGCGGCUACCCACCAGCUGAAGGGGGAUAUCCACCUGGUUAUCCAUCAGGAGGUUAUCCACCGGCUGGAGGGGGUUAUCCUACCACAGGGGGAUACCCACAGGGUGGGGGGUACCCACCCGGCGGGGUUAAUCCACAGGGUGGGGGCUAUCAAGCCGCAGGGUAUCCGCCUGCUGGAGGAGAUGUAAUAGCCAUGCAACCCAUGUCUGGAGGUCAUCCUAACCCUGGAUAUUCACAACCCAGCAAUGACCCGAUUGCUGCUCAACCUAUGCCAGGAGCACCCCCAACACCAGCUGGUUGGCAACCAGCCCCACAAGCAUCACCAUCAAACUGUCCGCCUGGACUGGACUACUUGACUCAAGUUGACCAGCUGUUGGUCAAGCAAAAAAUUGAAGCUUUAGAAGCAUUUACUGGAUUUGAGACGAAUAACAAAUAUGAGAUUAAGAAUUCAAUGAACCAGAGAGUGUACAUUGCUGUUGAGGACACUUGCUGCUGCACUCGCAACUGUUGCGGGUCUUCGCGUCCAUUUGAUAUGAAGAUUAUGGAUAAUCACAAGAAGGAAAUCAUGCACCUGUCUCGGCCUCUCAGAUGUAGCACCUGCUGGUGUCCAUGUUGCUUGCAGAAAUUGACAGUCGAGGCUCCCAAAGGGUCAGUUAUUGGAUUUGUUCGGCAAGCUUGGAGCCUUUGCCAUCCCAAGUACAAGAUCAACAACGCAGAGGACCAAACAGUUCUGAAAAUUAAAGGCCCAUGUUGCCGCUGUAACAUUUGUGGAGACAUCGAGUUUGAGGUAACCUCCCCUGAUGAACAGACCCAUAUGGGUCAGAUCACCAAACAAUGGUCAGGACUUGCCAAGGAGGUGUUUACAGAUGCUGACAAUUUUGGUGUCACCUUCCCUCUGGAUCUUGAUGUGAAAACCAAGGCAACAGUGCUAGGGGCCGUCUUCUUAAUUGAUUUUAUGUAUUUUGAACAUGACAGUGGGGAUGUGAAAGAUGAAGCCAAGCGUCUGACAGGCUAAAUGUGGAGCUUCACCUGUUUCAGCUUUGUGUUUCUCUGUGAUCUUCUCUAGUUGGUGCAUGACGUUUUUUAUAGAAUAUUUUAAUCUGUCGACAUGUUUUAUGUAUGUAAUUUAAUUAAAUUUCUACGUGAAUUAUCAGAAACAACAAUUUAUGCCAUAAUAAUCAUCCUUCAAGUUUAUUGUAUAUAUAAUUUGUUUUAUUUUGAUCACAUGGUUGUUAUUUGUAUCACCUUUCAGUAUUGUCAACUUGUGAACAUUUUAAUUUUUAUUAUUGUCGACUUUUUAUUUUCUACAGUUUUUAUGAAAUAUAACAUUUUUACAUAAAUACUUAACAAUUGUAAUUAUAAAUUUAAAAGUGAAGUGUAUUCUGGACAUAUUUUUAUUUAUAUACAUUUGUAUUUAUCCAGUCAUACUUUUGGGUAAAGCCAUUUGAUAUUUAUCCUCUGUAUCUGAUAAAACAAGCCCAUAAUCUGUAGUCCCUCAGUGUUACGUUAAAACAGUCAUGUAGUUUCCUUAAGUUAUUAUUGUUGUUUUAUUGAUUUACUCCAGUUUACUUUAGGAAAACCUGUGUAUAAAUACAUUAGCUUACGACUUGCCUCCCUACUGUAUUGUUGAAUCAUAAAUUUACACUUCUUCAUCCUUAUGCCCCACAGAAUGGUGAAUAUCUUAUCAGAUGUUUGUAGUGCCUUUUGUUAAAUCUGCAUUUCAAGCUUUAACUAUCUGCUUCAGUGCCUGAUUUAAAUUUAAAUUUUUGUUUUUACUUGCCGUAAUAAUACAUGCUGUCAAUAAGACCUAAUACUACUUAUAUUUAUUUUUUUAUAAACUUAUUUGAAGCAGUAAACUUGUGAAUAUCAUUAUGCCCAUUUUUUGUCCCUGCCUUGGACUGGUUCCACAUCUGAUGUAUAAAACUGACUACCUGUAGAGUAGGGCGUCAACUUUUUGUACUGGCUUAAUGUAAACCUGUGGCAGAAUUCUUCUGAUGUUUGGAAUCAGUUGGUUUAAGUUAAUACCGUUUAAUACCGUUAUACCUAGGGGAUCAGAUCAUUCGUUUAUUUUUAUUUUUUUUUUGGGUUGCAGCAGACGAGGGCAGCCAUUUAGAGAAAAUUUUGUCAUUUACUUGUUGCAGUUAUUCAUCAAUAAAUUUGUGAUUGCUCAAUAUUAGUGUCACAGCAUGCAGCCAAUAAGUGCACAGUUUCAAAGCAAUGAAUCCACACAAAAAACGUUUGUCAAUGCCUCUUAACAAAUGCAUUUUCUUGUUAAAUUUCAACUUUAUACAGUUACAUUAUUUUAAUCUGUAAAUGUAGCAAAUAUGUAUCUUCUAAAGUUUUUGUAAGUAGUGACAAUUUGUUUUUACAUUGUAUUUGUAAAUAAUAUUAUAUAUAAUUGUGUUCUUUUUAAACUAACAUUUCCUCUAUAUCCACGUAGCUAACCCUUUAACUUACUUUUAUGUAUUUAACAAUUCUGUGCCAGAACUUUCAUUUUCCUGACUGCAUAUAGAAAAUUAGCAGUUAAGUUUAUAUCAUUUUCUUUUCAAAAUGCAUUUAUUUUUUUAACUAAAAAAAUUUCUAGUCCUGUUUUACAAAUGUUUGUUUUUUAAAAUCUUAAUCAGAUUUCAUUUCUAGUUUUGACAAACACAAUUAUUUUAAAAUUCUAAAAAUUAAUGUCAUCUACUUCUUGCAGGUUAUUUAUGUGUAAACUGAUUACAAUUACGUGUCCAAUUUGUUUAUUGUGCUGAGUCUCAAGUUUAAAAAAAAUUGUACUUAAGCAUGAAAAUUGUGGUGAAAGGAUUCUUACUAGCUUUUUUUUUUUUUUUUUAAAUGAACUGCUGGUUUAUUUAAGUUUUGCUUUUUUAUACUCUGUUUUAAGGCCAGUUGUAGUCUAGGUAAUCUGUGCUUCCACUGUUUGUACACAUCUCUGUAUUUUUUAACCCAAUCAACAAGAAAUAAUUUAUAUAAUUUUACCCACAGGCCAGUUCUAUAACUUCCUCAGGCUAC